AUGGCAGAAGAAGUACCCGCCGAUACUGUUACUGAUAUCACUGAAGAUGACAAAACUAAACCCACCGAAGAUACGGAACACGGCAAAGGGGAACAUAUAGAAGGUGAAGCUGUAGAGGGUGUUGAAGGUGAGCAUAUUGAAGGUGAGCAUGUUGAAGGUGAGCAUGUUGAAGGCGAACAUGUAGAAGGUGAGCAAGUUGAAGGCGAGCAAGUUGAAGGUGAACAUAUCGAGGGUGAACAUGUUCAAGGUGAACAAACAGAAGGUGAACAGACAGAAACUGAAGGCGAAGAAAGAGUUUUAGGAGAGGGAGAAGAGGUCAUGGGUGAGGGCUUAGAAGUCGAACAAGCUCCUGAAGUUGUAGAAACAAAAAAAGAGGAGGAAAUGAUAGUGGAAGAAGAAGAGGCAUAUGUUGAACCACCACCACCAGAUCCAGCAGCCCCUUAUGACUUAAGUGAUUCGAAAGAACUUUUAAGAGAACCUUUUUCCUUACGACCUGAUCAAUUAGCCGAAGUAGAACAGCUCUGGGCAUUUUAUCAAGAUUACACUCCAGCUUAUACUGAUAUAGAUAACUACAUUACGAAAAAAGAAUUAAUAUAUAUGCUAAAAGCUCUUAUGCUAACAACCCAUACACCGGAACAAUUGGAUGAGCUCAUAGCAUAUUGUGUUAGGCCGCCACAUCCUAAAGGACAUAUUACAUUCGAUCAGUUUCUCAAGAUGGUGACGAUUCGGCAAAGAUCAAUGGUCAUAGAAGAAGAACUGCGUGCUGCGUUGCAACUUCUUGAUCCUGGAAAAACUGGUUCAAUGGAUCGUGAGUUCUUUAGGGAACUGCUACUUACAAGUGGUAAUAAGAUGACCCCGAAGCAAGUGCAGACCCUCAUCAAAGAAGUAGACAUCGCUAACGAUGGUACUAUUGGAGUAGAGGAUGUCGUUGGCACAAUGGGAAUCGACUUAAACACAGAGGACAUAAUAAUGUUAAGACAAGCGGUGUAUGGAAGAGAUACCCCCGCUGUGGAUGAAGAAGAAGAUUGA